GUUCACGUGACACUGUUUCACUUCUGGGACUUCAGCAUCUCCAGCGUGCUCUCAUCUCCUCAUUUUAGAUGGAUUUGUAUGUUACACGUGCGUAAUUACAGUGUUAUUUAGUUGUUGAAAUAUUUUCUCUUGGAAAGUGAGCUGCUUGUAUACUUAACAAAUUGUUUUAAUAAUUACCUUUUGCCGAAAGCUCAGGAGCUGGCUCUUAUGCCUGAUGUUUUCAAAGUGGGACAAUUUCUAUGGAUCAAAAUGAAGUGCUGCUGAAGAAUGGAGCAGAGUGAGCAGCAGUGAUGGUUUUCUAUUGCACUGUAAGUGCUGUUGUGUGCCAGAAGACUCUUUACUAAGUGCUGCUUAUUAAAGAAGCCUUGUUGCUUAAGUGUCUAGAAAGUGGUUUAAAAAUACUCAUGCAUGAAAUGUAGUGCUGGUCACUUGCACUGUAGAAAUCAAGGAUUAGGCAAGCUAAAGCAUUCGUGUAACAUCAUCGGCUUUAUUUUCUAUAACAGAAUGCAUUUUGCAUUUGAAAUUACUCUUAGAAAUUUUGCUGAUUAGUUUCUUGACCUGAGUGUUUACUCAAGUAUUUACUCAUUUGUGGCAGCAAAUGUUACCUACACUUUCUAAGGUAAUUACAGUUUAAAACUCCUCACUCUUCAGUUUAAAGAUCCAGGGAUCGUAUUUUUUCUUUCCCUUUACAGGAAAAGUGAAGCUUUAGAAGUAUCACUGUAAAACACUAAGAAAGAAAGCAAAGAGAAGAAUGAACAGAAAUUACAUUGUGUUGAUAACUUCAUUUGGAGUGCAUUUCUUUAGUGCAGGGACCCGAGAUCCUUGGUCAUUGGAUUGCUGAUAGCUAAAAUUACAGGCAAUUUAAAUUUCAAACUCACAGUUUUAGAGACAUAUUAGACCAAGACGUGAGCAAUAUUCAAGCUGAAAAGGGAAAUCUAGUUGGAUUUCCUGUCUAGUGACAGUGCUUACAAUUUUUUUUCCUCCAGUGUCAUUGCUUAAAUAAACACAGACCUCUCUUUUCCACGUCAGUCUAUUCAGAUAAUAAUUAUCUGUGUGUGUUAAUCCUGUUUGAGUGUUUAAUUAGCAAAAAGGGAUACACCCUUGGCUUUUCACUUACUUAAAAAUCCUUCUGGCCCCUGGUGGAAGCCACAGCAUUCUAGACCAGCUAACAGCCUUGACUCUAAGAGGUUUAAGAGCUGUGACAGAUGCCUUGGUACAUGCAAGAUGCAUGUUGCACUGAAACCCUUGGAGUUGAGUAGUGGAUGCAGGCUGUCAAGCUGAUCCACCCACUUCUGCCUGUCUAAACCUUAUUGAGCUGAAAAGAAUUUAGAGAAGGCUUCAAAAGUACAGAAACUGAUGGCUUGAAAAUCUCUUUCCCUGGGGAUACAAAAAUGACAUCAAAAUGAAGAAGGAACACCCACUUAAAAUAGUUGGAAGGUAGCUUUGGGUCUAAAAUUCCUAAUUCCCCAAGAAGUAAAAGAUCUCUUAUUUAUUUGAACCUCAUAUUAAUGCUGGGGGAUGUGUGGUUAGUGAUGGGCACUUUUCAACUUUUUCCUGUACACCUCUUAAAAGCAUUGUUGUGUAAGUGUGCACAUAAUGGUAUUUCAAAACACUCUUCUAGUAAUCAUCCGUUAGAAACUCCAACUCAGCAAGACAUUCAAGCACUUGCUACGUUUUCAGUAUUUGCUUUCAUUCUCACAGGGAAACCUAUUGCCUUUACGCUCACAGAAAAUGUAGGAGGAAGGAAAUUGUCUUAGUGUAAAUAAAAUAGAAGGUUUUCCUGCCAGCAAACCCUGUGAAGUUAUUUGCUCCAAACCGAUUGUGAAUCCCCCUUCCUUCCAGGAAUGGGGACAACAGACAUUGCUGCCUGGCUUCUGCCUUGCUUCUGGGAGCAUUCAGUUUUUGUGGAAACCUUCACACCCACAAUUACUGAAGCAUCUGCGGGUCUUGCUGUGUGUUGGAUUUAUGGCAACUCUGUCACUCAGGCUUUCAGUUACCAUGUAAUGCAGAAAAGUAUUAGCAGAGCACAAGGCAACAUACAUACUCUUUGCUUCUUUAUCUUGGUAUAGUUGAUGUCAGUUCUGUGUGUCUCACCUAACACCCAUGAAGAAAUGUAUAGGUGUGUGGAAAUGUACUUCUGCAAGAAGUUGUGAGACUACCAGGGGAUCUAGCCCAGCCAGCACGGGUUUUAGUCCACUGACACUGCUUUUAGUCCACUCUCCAGAAUGUGUUGUGUAUAUUUAAAUAAUGUCAAUUUUUCAGACAUUCACAAAUUACUUUUAAUGCAGUUUUCUUUAAAUCUUGUAAUCUUGUAGUUAGAGCUUGCAAUUCACUUUUGCAAAGGGAUGAAUUCAGCUUCACUGAAGCUGUGUCAUUCAAGUUCAGUGACUUGUGCCUCUCUGCAAGUUAUUAAUUGUAAUAUUUGGUUGUCCUGUGCUAGAAAUGCAUUAUGAAAUUGUGAGAUUAAGGUUUUGUUUUGUUUUGCCUUCAGACUGGGAUGGAACGUUUGAGUGGUUUAAAAGUUGGCAGUUUCCAUAGAAAUAGGUUAGAGCAAAACAUUUUAAGGAGAUCUGCUACCAAGUAGUCAGUUUAAAUAAUGCUGAGCUCUGAGAUGCUCCAAUAUAAUUAAUGAUACCCCACUCAAAGUCACUAUCUGUUUAGUUUGGGGCACUUUGCAUGCACUGUACUGCCUUUCUCUCGGGAAGUUUACAUUUUUAGUAGUCUUAAACAGGGUCCCUAAAAAGAGAGGAGCCCUUGAACAUAGAGUUGCCUAAAAGGACACUGAAGCAGAAGUGGAUGAAGUUGCUUUUUCCCAUUAAGAAGAUGCAAGAUGCAGAGAAAAAGGGCACUAAGAGGAGAGCUGCUGGCAAUCUGAAAUGGUGUGUGUCUGCAAGAGGCAUGUAGAAAGGAAGAUACUGAGUCAAGGUGGAGAUACCAGCAGCCUAGAAGCCAGGCUCAUCCUCUGCUAAGCCUGGAUCCCCUGUUUCCUGGGAGAGCACUCUGAUUCUGAUUUGUCAAUGGUGACCCCUUCCAUGCGUUGUAGGGAGGCCCUCAUUCUACUGCUGCGCACACAUUUCUGGGAAUGCUUCACAGGGUGGAGGCAGAAGCUGAGAAGGAGCUGCCUGCCGUAUGGACCUGGCUGGACUUACAGGACACCGAAGCAUGUUUGAGCAUAUGUCACAAAGUGCAAGCUCAAAGGUAACAGAGAGGAAACUGCGUGGGACUUGUCCUCCUGUUGGUCGUGGAAACUGUGGAAAGCAAUGUGUGAAUGCAAGCAGUUGUAGAUCUUCAUGUUUUAAUGCCCGGAAUGAUUUUCACACUGUACAUUCAGAGCACAGUCCUGUGAAGCCAAGGAUUAUUACAGUGGUGAGACCCUGUGGGCAUAUGCUGAGAAAGAUAACCUUGCUUCUGAACAGGAGAUCAGUGCAGACCUUUGAACAGCUGAUGGCUGACAUUUCAGAAGCUCUGGGAUUUCCACGUUGGAAGAAUGAUCGUGUGAGAAAACUUUACAGUCUAAGAGGCAGAGAAAUCCAAAGUGUUUCGGACUUCUUCAGAGAAGGUGAUGCAUUCAUAGCUCUGGGCAGGGAGCCCCUUACAUUGAAGAACCUGGAAGUGGCAAUACAAGAACUUUGUCCUGAAAAUCCUUAUGCUGCCAGUGCAAUUCAGCAGAACGAGGAGCAGUCCCAAAAACUGAAGAGCAGGCUGUGUGAUAAAGCUUCAAAAGUGGAUGAUGGCUUCGAUGAGGUGGAAGUUGCCAAGACCUGCAGUGAUGCCGUGUCUCCCAAAAUGGUAGCUGGAAAAAAUCAAUCCAAGAUGAGGCAAGAAGAAAAAAUGAGAACCAAAAAAAAGUGGACCAGGGGGAGUUGGAAUGGUGAACAAGGAGUGAGGCCUUCUAGAAAAGCUCGAGAAGAUGAGAGGUACCUUAACCAAGAUAGGAGUCCUGAGAAAGGGUUAGAAGAGAGUUCAGUGGAGGUACUGAGGUGUGAGAAGUGUGAACGGGAAAGGCAGGCCAGGCAAAAGUUGCAAAGGGAAAGGCAGGCAGAGGCUUCAUUUGAGAGCACAGACCUGAAUGCACGUGCGUGUCAGAGGUACCACGUAGAAAGAAAUGCAAAAAUCAGGAAUUGCCAGAAAGCUUCAGAAAUUCCUCUAGAGGAUGAAGACGUUGGCUGGAAAGAUAACUGCUGUAGGAGGACCUGGAAGCCUCUACAUAGGAGUGUUAAUGAAGGACUGGAAAAACAAAAAAGGAGCAUUGAGAAGGAAAGGGAUCUGGAGAAACAUGAAAACCGUGAGAAGGAAGUAGUAAAAAUAAAGAAGAAUGCUGUAGAAGGGCGUCAGAUAGCUCAUGAAAUGAAGGAAGAAAAUGGAAGCAGCUGUGUAACAAACCAAAAUGGUUGGCUAAUAAAAGACAGUCCAAGGGAUGCUGAGAAACCAUCUAAAACGCAUAAGGAUGGUAGAGAGGGACAAAGGGCUAAAGAAGAAUGUGCCAGGAGGGAGGGAAAUGCUGUACAUAGGGAGAGUGACAUGACACGACGAGAGAAAACAGGAGAGCGUAGAUUGAAUAAGGAAGAAAACAAGGCUCAGGGACUGGAAAUCGCCAGCCGAAGGCAUGCUAUAAAAAGCAGAACUGAUGUAGAAAACCACUAUGAGAUUGGCAGGACUAUUGGGGAUGGGAAUUUUGCAGUGGUGAAGGAAUGUCGCCGCUGUGACUCAAAUCAGAUAUACGCCAUGAAAAUUGUUGAUAAAUCCAAGCUGAAGGGGAAGGAGGACAUGAUGGAAAGUGAAAUUCUGAUCAUUAGGAGUCUUUCUCAUCCCAAUAUAGUAAGCUUAAUUGAAGUAUAUGAGACCGAGGCUGAGAUCUAUCUAAUCCUGGAGUAUGUCCCAGGAGGGGACUUAUUUGAUGCAAUCAUAGAAAGUGUGAAGUUCACAGAGCACGAUGCUGCUGUCAUGAUCACCGACCUGUGUGAAGCCCUGGUGUAUAUUCACAGUAAGAACAUUGUCCACAGGGACCUCAAACCAGAGAACCUUUUGGUUCAGCACAACGCAGAUAAGUCUACCACACUGAAACUAGCAGAUUUUGGCCUUGCAAAGCUGGUUACAAAACCCAUAUUUACUGUGUGUGGAACACCAACCUAUGUUGCCCCUGAGAUACUUGCUGAGAAGGGCUAUGGGCUUGAAGUUGAUAUGUGGGCAGCUGGUGUGAUCCUUUACAUUCUGCUCUGUGGUUUUCCCCCGUUUCGCAGUCAGGAGCGUGAUCAAGAAGAGCUGUUUCAGAUCAUACAGCUGGGUCACUAUGAGUUCCUUUCCCCAUACUGGGACAAUAUUUCUGCGGCAGCAAAAGACCUCAUUACCAGGCUGUUGAUAGUGGAUCCCCAGAAGCGCUACACAGCACGGCAAGUACUUCAGCAUCCUUGGAUCAGAACAGCUGGAAAAACUAACAACAGAAAUUUGCAAAGGGAAGUAACGAUAAAUAUUGAGCGUCAUUUCCGGACCCAGCGCCGGAAGGAGGCUGUGGAUAAAGACACGUGAAAUCAAUGAGUUCAUCUACCCUUCUUUUUUAUUAAUUAACAAAUUAUUUAUGUUUUCUAAAUGGAUUUGGCCUUUAGUUUAUGGAUUUUGCUGGCAAUUGCUAAUGCCUCUCUUUUGUUUUUGUUGAUUGUGAGAUUCUGAAGAAGGACAGAGGUCAAAUUUGCAUCCACCUCCCUGUAUUUUUACUUGCAAGUGUCUCUGACAGCAGUGGUACUAAAUAUUUCCCAGAAGGUAUCUGUUAUUUUGAACUUAAUGUAUAUCUUUUUUAGAUUACAAAUGUUUCUUUUUGUCUAACUUCAGUGAUGACUGUGAAAUGCUUUCUCUUGUCUCCUUUCGUAUGGCAUCUUCUUUCAUGAGUUCUUCUUUUUGCUUUGAAGUUGUGUUAUGUUUGUAGCAUUGUCAAAAUAGCUGUCUGCUCACACAUUUGGCACUAAUACUCUGAACUGAUUUCUCACCAGUUCCUGCUAGCAAUUUAGAAGGUGAGAGAAAUAUAAAUAAAUGAAUAAGUAUUUAGCUAUAGGAUAUGUAAGAUAAAAAAUACUAUUUAUUAAGUUGUGAGGGGAAAAAGAAAUCAUUAUAGUUGAAAUUAGCUAUUCUAUGAUAUCUCCCUUGGCAACAUCUUUUCAUGGGGUGUUCUCAGGAUCAGAGUAAUAGUUCUGUUAAACUGCUGUAGUUUGUAUAGUAUGAUGGUUUCAGUUCUUUACAAGAAGAGGUGGGAAGAUACCAUGGCUGAUACAGCUUCAAGACUGUAAUACCUUUCACAGUGCUUUUCUUCUGUUCUGGAAAGUGGGAAGUUAAUGGUGCUGAGGAAGCAUUAGUUCUUUUCCCAAAAGUAUAUUUGUAGAAUUUUAACCCAAGCUUUCUUCUCAUACUGAAUUCUUUCUUAGGAACCAUCCACAUGGAUCUGUGACUUUUUCAAGUUGAUGGAGAAUAGAGAGCUGGGAAGCUGCUUCUUUGUCUUAAGUUAGCUCUUACCUUCAUGGUUUCCUUGUUAUCAACACGAUUCACAGUUGAAUUGCUUUUAUACACUUUUCUGUGUAGUUCAACAAACUUCUUUUUUCCAAGUUAUCUUUGAGGACUCUAUCUCCUCAAUUCCACAAGAAUGCACAAUGGUAUGAAAUGACAUUACAAUUCUACUCAGGAAAAACAAUUUCUUGUUAGUCUAUGGGAAGGUUUCCCAAGGUAUGUGUCAAAUGCUUCAUUGCUUAUGUUACUUAUAAUUGGAGUUUUUAAGAAAUCUGGUGGGGAAGGUUACCAUCCAGAGAAAGACCGUGACCUGGGAGAUCUUUUGAAUCUCAAAACUUUUGGUAACUAAUGGAAUCAAAAAAGCUCUUCAGUUGUCUGAUAACGCUUUGUCCAUGAGUUGUAUGGUAGCAAAUAACACAAUAAAACUACCAAUUCUACUGGCAUCAAGUUCAUAGUCUGUAGAAUUGAAUGAGGGUAUUUCAAAAUGACAGACGUCAGAGGCAUUUUAGAAUCAGUAGAACACUUCCAUAACUAUAAGAAAGAAUAUUUCUGCUGAGUGCUAACAUUUGUGAACUUUCUGAAUUACUAAGUUGUGUGUGAUGCCGUCAUUGUGUUUCUGUUUCAAGCUUUGACAGUUUUGCCUCAAGAUUGAAAAGAGAGCAGAGGCAACUUGGUUCAUACAACAGAACUGCAUUUUCAGUCAAGCUGACUUAUUUUUAGUACGUAUUGGAUUGAGGCUGGCUGGGGAAUUCAACAGUUUGUAAAACAAAUCAAAACUGUACUGUGUGCCCAAGUGGUAUUUAUAUUCCAUGUCAUACCUCUGCUUUGGAGGCCCUGAGUUAAGAAGACUUCUUGAAAAGAAGAAUGAAUUUGAGAGCUUUUCCUAUGUGUAACCUCAUAUUCUAAAUGUGUUGUGUUCUUUGAUUGCUAGUGAUAACAUCUCCUGUGCUAAUUUGUCUGUCUUGGAUAUGAAACUAUGGAAAAACAGGUUAUGAUUUGCAAUAUUAUAUUUUGUACUUAUUUUUAAUAUAGUACUUUAGGAAUCAAGUUUGAAGUGGGGAAAAACGGAACUAUUAUCAACAAUUAAGCUUAGGGCUUUGAUAUUGUGUUACAGGUUUCUCUGUUGCCUUUAAGAACCUGUCCACAGCUUUCUUCAUGGUGCUCAAGGUGGAGGAGUUGCGUGUGAUGAAUAUGAAAGUAAUAUUUUUUCAAAGAUCUUUUUCUCUCAUGUUCUAUAGGUCCCAGUCUGACCAAAUACAGACAGCACAGUGCGCUGCCACCAGUGUCUGUAAGCACCAAUGCUGCUCUGGCAGCACUGAGGGUCUGCUUUGGUUUUGCUGAACAUGUGGCACUAAGCCCUCCUUCUUCAGGUUGGAGGCUCAGAAAGCUUCCGGGUGCUUCUCAGGGCUUUUGCCACCUCCUCUUUCUUUCCUGCUGAGAAAAAUGCCUCUUCCAUUGCUUUUAGUGUCCUUUGACUUCUGAGACACCAACAUCCAAAUAUACACUUCAUAGAACUGGGUCAUCUGUAUUUCAUUUCCUAGCAACGCCCAUGCCUCCAGUCAGUGUUCCUGUUUUCUUUUCACUAUGCCAACACUUGGAAUCAAAGCUUCCAGCCACAGCUGUCACAAAAGUCAUAGAAUCACAUAAUAUCCCAAGCUGGAACAGACCCACAAGGGUCAUCAAGUCCAACCCCUGCCCCUAUCACACAAAAUUCAAAGCCUGUGUCGGAGAUCAUUGUCCAAACACUUCUUGAACUUUGGCAGUUUGGGUUGUGCCCACUGCCUUAGGCAGCCUGUUCCCACUGCCUUCUGCUGCAGACGCUGUCCCUAACCCCAACCCGGCCCUCCCCUGGCACAGCUCCAUGCCGUUCCCUGCCCUGUCGCUGUCACACAGAGCAGAGCUCAGCGCUGCCCUCCGCUCCCUGUGAGGAGCUGCAGCCGCCAUCCGGCCUCUCCUCAGCUCCUCUGCUCUGGGCUGAGCAAACCAAGGGCCCUCAGCAGCUCCUCACGUGUAUUGCCCUCCAGACUCUACGCCAUCUGUAGCACUAGAAUGGGUGAUUGUAGGUGUGCACAAAGGUACACGUGAUGUGUAAUCAAAUUGUCAACCUUUCACAAGAUGCGCUUCCCAAAUAGAUAAGGUAAGUGGAGGAUUCCACUGUCCCUGUAGCCCACAGCCAAAAUGGCAGUAACAGAUACGGCAGGUACACCUAUGGUGCCGGUUAGAGCUUAUACAGAGAUGCAGAUUUAAUGGUUUUCUGACAUCAGCUAUUCUGCAAAACUGCAUUCUGUCAUAGAUUUUGUUGUUGUUGUUGUUAGACACAAAUUUAUUUAAAAAUAGAUUUCAUUUGGGGAAGCAGGCAUAGUAUUUUAAAUUGAGUUAUUUGAGUGUCUGAUUCAAAGGAGAGAGUUUCUUAGUUGCUUGUGUAUGACUUCUGUUAAAAAUGCUCCUUUCCUGCAGGUCUGUAAUCUUGAUUGAAACUGUAGAAAUAAAAAUGUAUUUAAUCUAUCA